AUGGCUGAAAGAUUGGCUGACAAAGAAGGCCUUCCAGGUGGCACGCAAUGUCUUGCCACAUACAGCGAAUGGGCUAAAGGAGGCUGGGGAUUAAUCAUUAGUGAUCCCGCUCAUCCCGGUGCACCGGGUGACUUCACAGUGAACCGGGAUCUCCCCAGAGAAAAGACUCUUGCUGCUUGGAAGUCUUGGGUCAGUGCCUGUUCACUCAACGGGACGAAAGCCAUAGUCCAGAUCAACCAUCCUGGACGGCAAGCACCAUUUGUCAAGAGCCUAGCCCCGAGUCCAAUUCCUCUAGAUCUCGGCAGGGGUCUAUUCCCAUGGCUUAUCAGAUCAUUGGUAUAUGGAACGCCAAAGGAGAUGACUCAAUCUGACAUAGAUGACGUGGUAACGAGAUUCGCUGAAGCAGCACAGCUAUCGGUAGAAGCCGGGUUCGCUGGAGUAGAGAUUCAUGCUGCACAUGGGUACUUACUGGCACAAUUCUCAUCGCCCCUGUCGAAUAAACGAACAGAUGCGUAUGGUGGAUCUCCAUUAGCGAGAGCUAAGAUCGUUAUUGACGUUGUCAAAGCUGUCAGAAAGGCUGUGCCAGCUGGGACAUGUGUUGGCAUUAAAGUCAACUCAACGGAUCAUACAGACCUGGGCGACUUCAUCACCCAGCUCAAGGCCAUUGUUAAUGCGGGAGUUGACUUUGUGGAGGUCAGUGGAGGAUCCAUCGAGGAUCCAAUGUUCAGCACUGGCCUGCACACGACAGUGAAGGCAAGCACCAAGGCUCGAGAAGCCUUCUUUAUCGACUUCGCAAACGCCAUCAGGUCUAAGCUCCCAGAUGUCCCCAUAAUGCUGACUGGUGGCUUUCGGACACGCCAAGGUAUGGAAGCUGCUGUCAAGGGAGGCAGUUGUGAUCUUGUCGGUUUAGCUCGACCCUCCGUCAUAGACCCAGCUCUGCCAAAAAAGGUCUUAGACACCAGCAUACCAGAACAUGGAAGUUUGGCGUAUGCUAAGAAAAUUGAGGCGUGGAGUUGGGCUAAAUACACUGGGAUCAAGGCUGUUGGUAUGGGGGCUGAAACGGUUUGUCUUCUGUCUCCAACUUUCAUGAUAGCGCACUAA